CAGCUAGAGGCAGCGUCGGAGACCCGCGGCCAAACUAAUGAAAUGGCUAGCUCUGAAUGCCGUGCAGCGCAGCAGCAGCUGCCACCACCUUGGCUCGAUGCUACAGUCUAGCUACACCUGUCUUGCUCCCGUCUCCUUCCUUACUUGUUCAUCCCCCCGCUUCUCUUCUCCCUGCAAUGCAUGCAUGAUGUGGUUCAUCUUCAUCUCUUCUUCUUGUUCCCUACUCUUCACUUCGGAGUUGAGUGUGAGAACGAAGGCACGGAGAAACGGGAACAGAGAGGCUCUCUCUUCAUCUGUUGUAUAUCCCACCAGUGACUCGCUUGACACGGGGAUAUAUAGUUUAAUUCCAUUGGCCAGAACAAACUGGAGAGGUAAUAAAUACUAGCUGACUACUGUGUUGCGCUUGAUGAUGGCUCAUUCUUUAUUUUCAGCUAAUUGCUUGUAUGGCAAGUGCAAGGUGAACCAGGAGACGCGCGGUAGAUACAUAGUAUAGUAGCUGCAAGUAAAUCAAAUCAUUAAUUCGCAUCAUAAUCCAGAUCAGGUGUCAUAUAUGGUUUUCGUAUGUGUGUUUCUUGCACAGCCUAAAGAUUACCAAAACCAAUGGCUGCGCGGUGCAGCGGCGGCUGCGACGGGCGCGAGGACAGCGCCGUGGAGGCGCUGGUGCAGUGGCAGAAGGUGAGCGACUUCCUGAUCGGGGCGUCCUACAUGUCCAUCCCGCUGGAGCUGCUGCACUUCGCCACCUGCGCCGACCUCGCGCCGCUGCGGUGGGUGCUCCUCCAGUUCGGCGCCUUCAUCGUGCUCUGCGGCCUCGUCCACCUCGUCGCCAUCUUCACCUACGCCCGCCCGGACUCGCGCCGCCUCCUGCUGGCCAUCACCGCCGCCAAGGCGCUGGCCGCCGUCGCCGCGUCCGUCGCCGCCGUCUCCCUCCCCACCUUCGUCCCGCAGCUGCUCCGCCUCAAGACCCGCGAGGCGCUGCUCCGGGACAAGGCGCGCCAGCUGGACCGCGACGUCGCCCUCGUCAGGCGCCGCGAGGAGACCGCCACGCGCAUCGUCCGCGCCAUCACGAAGCACGUCUGCUGCGGCUGCCACGGCGGAGCCUCUCUCGCGCCCGACGUGCUGCGCACCGCUGUCUUCCACCUCUCUGACGCCCUCGGCCUCCACAGCUGCGCCGUCUGGAUGCCCGCGGCUGCGGCGGCGGCCAGUGAUGGUGGCCCCAGCUUGCUGCACCUGGUACAUCGGCUGCCUGAAGAUGACCACCAGGACCCGACGACGAGGCUGGCCAUUUGCAGCACUGACCCUGACGUGGCCGCCGUCAUGGCUAGCAAGAACGCCAAGGUGCUGAGGCCGGGCUCGGCGCUCAGGAGGACGACGUCGACGUCUGGUCAUGGGCACGCGGGUGCGGCUGCCAUACGGAUGCCGAUGCUCAGAGUGUCCAACUUCGUCGACGCAUCAUCCUCAUUAUCCGAUGGGCAGGGAGCUGGUGUCAGCUACGCGAUCAUGGUCUUGGUCCUUCCGGCUCCAGCUCCGACCACUAAGAAUCACAGGACUAGAGGACCCAGAGGAGAAGGAGGAGGAGGAGCACGAGAGUGGAGCAGGCAGGAGCUGGAGAUCGUGGAGGUUGCGGCGGACCAGUUAGCCGUGGCGCUGUCGCACGCGGCAGUGCUGAAGGAGUGGCAGCUGACUCGGCACAAGCUGGCCGAGCGGCAGAGGGUCCUGGUGCAUGCCCGGCAUGACGCAGCGGUGGCCACCAGGGCCAGGGACGCCUCGCAGAGCGCCAUGCGCGACGGCGUGCUGAGGCCGAUGCACUCCGUCGCGGGGCUGCUCUCCCUGAUGCAGGCGCAGCAGCACGAGGACGAGGCCUUCCGUUGCACCGAGCAGAGGGUCGCGGUGGGUGCCAUGGCCAGGAUCAGCGCCCUCUCCACCACGCUGACCGACGACGUCAUGGCGGCGCUGCUGACGCCGACGGCUGCCGGCGUGAGCUUGGCGCGGAGGCCGUUCGACCCCCGCGCGCUGGUUAAGGACGCGGCCGGCGUGGCGGGGUGCCUCGCCCGCUGCAGGGGGCUCGGCUUCUCGCAUCGGGCGGAGAUGAGCUCUCUGCCCGCCGGAUGCUGGGUGGUCGGCGACGACAGGCGAGUGUUCCACCUCCUGCUGCACAUGGUUGGCGUUCUGCUGGACCAGUGCGAAUGCCAUUGCCAUGACCUCUGCUUUGCCGUGGACACUGUUCCGGUGGGUGACCAAGAGACCAUGUCAGGCUCAGGCCUUCCUGAUUGGAUCACCCCCAACUUCUCUGGCUGCAACACGGUGUGCGUCAGGUUCCGAUUUGGGAUCACAAGACACUUCAGAAACGGCUUACUGCUCUCGUCCAGCCCACGACCUCAAGAAAGAAUCACAAGACGCACCAGCGUCAGCAUCAGUUCAGCCAGCUCCAAGACGCGGCUAAGCAUCGCUACGUGCAACAAGAUCGUGCAGAUGAUGAACGGCAAGAUGUGGUGGGAAUCCACGCCAGCGUCCGGAGGCCAGCAUGAAGAGCACAUGAGCCUCAUCCUGCACUUCCAGCUCGUCUAUGGAGUGGCAUCACCCUCUGCCUCCUCCCCGGCAGGCGGCGGCGGAUUCUACCACAUCGGUGGCAGAUUCGGAGUGCCCUCGCCGUCCACCAGUGCUCCUCCUCAGCACAACUUCAACGGCCUGCGCGUCCUGCUCUUGAACACUGAUGACACCAGCCGGGAGGUGACGCGGAAGCUCCUGGAGAGGCUCGGCUGCCAGGUGCUUCCAGUUCCAUCGGCCGCCCGCUGCCUCAGCCUUCUACUGGGGAGCGCCACCGCCACCGGCGGCGGCGAUCAGCCGUCAUUCCAGUCCCCGUACUUGGUACUGCAGGCGGUGCUUGUAGACCUCCACACACCUGCCGCAGCUAUCGCUGACGCCGCCACUGCAAUGGAUGAUGGGUUUGAGGUUGCCCUCAGGAUCCGGGAGGUCACCGGCGACAGGUUCAGCUGGCUGCUCAUACUUGUCGCGCUGCCACUGCCGCCGAGAGCGAGCCGCAUCGACGUUCGCGACGUGUGCAAGCGGACGGGAGUGAAUGGCGUGAUCUACAAACCCAUCAGUCCAUCACGCUGCCAGCGCUGGCAGCUGAGCUUUACAGGGUUCUCCAAAACGACAACUGACCGGUGAUAGAUCAUAGAUCCCCAUGUACUUGCGGCCUGUUUGAAACGCGUUUGAUUCACAUAUUUGUAACGUAAUAGGUUUUUUUUUUGACGAAGAGGCGAAGCCCCCUAUUUCAUUAAGAAAUAGGCAAGUUUGAAACAACCGCCACCACGUGGUAAAACAUCCAAAAGACCAAACACGGCCAGCACCCUAUCUAGACUCUAACCACUAUCACGAGAUCAGUGAAGAGCCUACGAUAACAGGAAAAGUUUUGGCCUACGAA